AUGCACAUUAACGAUUCAACCUUCCAGGACCACAUGGCACUGACUGUGCUGGAGGGUUUGUCCGGGAUGGACGGUCAACAGAUGCCAGCGGUGAGCGGUCAACAUAACGUUGUCGAUAUAGUCAUGUCCGAGCUUGCCACCAUCACAAUGGAUACCGCCCCCACCGAUGCUGUAUCCGGCACUAAAACAUCAACCUUAGGGCUCAUCUACCUUGUCACCAUCCAGCUCAACCUCCUCGGCGGCCCAAACAUAAGCCAGACCCAGUUCAAGGCUAUUGAAGGACUGAUGCAAUACUUUAUCGACAAAAAUCUUCCCAAUCCCAAUAUUGCACCUUCAUACGGCUUCGCUGGUGUCUUUGACGGAGUCCAGCGUGGUACGGCCAUUGCCCUGGGGAAGUCAAACGACACGUUUGGAAACCCUAGCUCUCCAUGCAUCAACUAUGGUGUUCAGACUGGUGACUGGCUUACCGGAACCACGGUUGUUGUCAAUGGUCACGUCGAGAUACCAGAGCGCGCGGCUGUCUUCAAGAUUCUCAUCCCUUGGAAAAUUCUCGCUCAGAAUGGGGGCGCCAUGGGCCGUAUCUUCAGCCUUAUCUUUGAAGCUGACCAGGCCAAUGCCUCUAAAAGCGCUCCCCCCCUGUACUGUCUGGUGGAUGCCGCCUUCAACGACCGUGCUAUUGCAGCCCUCAGAAUCGAGCCCACUACAUUUCUGAAUGACAUUAACAACUUGAUCACAAUCAUUACAGCUUUUCUAAGGUGCUAUACGGUUGAAGCGAAUAUCUAA